AUGGAGAAAGGAGCGAUCUCGGACGGGCAGAUUAGUGCUUCGUCAGAGCUUGAUGCCAAUCAUGAAGCCAGUCAGGGUAGACUGAAUUUGAAAGAAGCGUGGUCUGCUUACGCCAAUGACGCUGAGCAAUGGCUACAGAUUGAUCUAGGUACCAAUCCUGUCACUGUCACAUGGGUGGCAACGCAGGGAAGUAAUUUCCAGAGCCAGUGGGUAAUAAACUACACGCUGAAAUACAGCGACGACGGUCUGAAUUUCCAGUUGUAUAAGCAGCAAGGACAAAGUAAACACAAGGUUAGACACCUCUGCAGACAUUUAUAUUGUGGGGAGUUUGUUACUUUUUUAAUGAAGUGAUUGUUGCUUGUCAAAAAAAAUUAGUAGAUACGGCAAAUAUUUGACCAAGGAAGCAAAUUAACGUUCAGUAAUCUGUUUCACUGCAUGUAAACCGUUAGCUGUAAAUAGGGUAAAAAAGAGUUGACCGUAAAAGAAAUUGUUCCCUAGAUUUGUUAAUUUUAAGGAAAGUGUGAACUCACUUUUGGUUGCGCUUUAUUUCCGGGCCACUUUGACUCCGGACACACGUUAGACCAAGCGCCUUUUAGGUGUUGUCCUAGACCUAGGCUCCAUCCGCCGCUCUCUCGAAGAAUCAAGUUUUUUCUUUCCUUGGCGAAAAUCUGGCUUCUUGCUGGGGAUUAAUAUUUGUGAUUUUUAGGGGUCGUGCACUCGAAAUACUGGUGAAACAACAUGCAGAGAUGUCACUGUUUUUAAAACACUUUGACGAUAAACAACAGUUCUCUGUUUUUUCUCUGACGCUGCGGUAGACAUUGCCAUGCGUAGUCCCUCUACGGCUUCUUCCCACGCAAUCUCGGGCAAGGCAUUGCGGUGGCGUAUCUGAGAAAAAAAAACUCGCUCCGACAACGUGACCCGAAACGCAAACACACUAGCCGCGCGGAAUAACGAGGCCUAUGGACAAGGCAACGGCAGACAGUCGUUCUGUAGUCUUUCGCUACUAGACACUGGAAUUUUGUUAUCGGUCGUUUUAACACUAGAGAUAGAACUAGAUUAUCCGUUGAGGCUAACCUUAAAAUGUACAGUCUCCCGCUCCCCCCACAGAUACCCCUUCUCCGAUUUUUUUCUGACGGAAGGGGGCGGCUGUAAACAGGCUUUGCGUGAUGAUUGUAUUGGUGCUGCUGUAGCUGUUUGGAGCCUGUGAGAGCGUGCGUUUCCUCUUCAGUCGAAUAACGAGGCUUUAGCAGUGUAUCGGCCUCAGGUACAAGCGUUUUGCAACGACGUCCCAUGAGGCGCUGGGCGGGACGGGUGCCAAAUCCUUCAUUUUGGGUGUUGCGCCAAUCUUACAGGGCUAAGAACUCUGAUUGGCCUGAUACUCUGCAUUUUGUGAAGAGCCUUUUCACUGUUUUCACAGCGUUUUUACAGCCAAGUGUUCGCGAAAACAGAAAAUUCGGCAGAAGCGAAUUGGGGACCGUUGUCUGUGACGAGAACGUCCGGGAUGACAUACCGCGUGAAUACGGCUGUCAUUUCUUCGAUGACAUUGCGUGGCUUCACGUUUUUGAGACGAGCAACUUCUAUGAAAUUACUGUAGUAGUCGGAAAUGACCAAUAGAACGCGAAAAUCUACUUCGCAGAGGUCGGCGGCGACUUUGGCCCAAGGUCGGGACACCACCUCGUGCUGUAGCAGGGGUUCUUUGGCUUGGUUGUCGCGGUGUACUAGACAGAUGUCACACUUCGAGAUGUACUGUCGCAGCUCGGUUGCUAUGCGAGGCCAGUAGAGGGAGCUUUGCGAACACACCCUUCGAUGCCCAUGUAAAAACUGUGUAGCACUGCCAUAAGCUCCUUCCGUAGGCUUGCUGGCACGCACUACGAGUAGUUGUCCCUUGGAAACCAGUUCAUCCUGAAAGGUUAAGACGUCUCUUGUGUAGGGAUAGAGACAUUCAGGAACGUCAGAUCUUUGUUUGGGUCAUCCUCGACGUAUCGUAGUUCUUAGUUGCUGCAACGCGGGAUAAUCUACCGAUGCGUGUUUAAUCUGCUGCCGGCGUUCCUUGCUGACUGGAAGAAAGGCUCUGUGAUCUACUGCAUUAACUUCUAGGAGGAAUGCAUGGCUGAGGGUGUCGGCCAAAUACAUAUCGCGCCCUUUUUUGUACAUCACACGACUGUACUUCUGCAGCCUCAGCAACAUUCGUUGCAGUCGCUUGGGCGCUGCGUUGAGCUCCUUUACAAAGAUCUGUUCCAAAGGUUUGUGGUCAGUUUCCACGUGCAAUAUGUCAACAACCAUACACAUAAGGAUCAAAACGUUCGCACGCAAACAAUGUUGCGAGCAGUUCUUUUUCUAUUUGGGCAUAGCGCGUUUCUGCAUCUGUAGGUGCUCUUGAUGCGUAGGCCACAGGCUGACCAUUUUGUAAUAGGGCGGUGUCUUAUCCAAAUUGAGAUGCGUCACACUGGAGCGUAACUUCCUCCUCCAGGCUGUAGUUCUUCUUAGCUGUUUCCGAGGU